UUCAAGAUCAAGUCAAGAAAUGCCAAGAAACAUCUAUGAACCUUUGAAGACAUAUUUUCUCCAGGUUAACAUCAACUGUCAAGGAUGUAAGAGGAAAGUGAAGAAAACUCUGAGAAAAGUUGAAGGUGUUUACUCUGUUGAUAUAGACACAGAUCAGCAAGUUGUGAUAGUUAGAGGUAACUUAGAUCCAGAGGUUUUGGUCAAGAAGUUGAACAGAAUAGGGAAACAUGCUCAGACCAUGUUCUUGACCCCUUUCCAUCAAGCUGGUCUUAACAAUCAUGAGAACAGAAGCUUGGGGAAUACAAAAUACAACUUAGGGAGUAGUUACAACAAUGUCCCAAGUUAUGGAAGGAACAUUGUUAAUCAGAGUGAUGAAGAAGAGAUGAUGAACAUGAAACCUGUGAUGAUGAACGAUGCAGAUUACUUUGAAAUGAGCAAUUCACCUGAAGAUUUCCAAGAGUUAUUUGGGGAGAUACCGCAAAGACACAACAGCUAUGAAGAGGUGAAACCAAAUCUGAUGAGGGACAUGGAUCUUGGAUAUUCUAAUGCAUACCCUGCAGCAGAAGCAAUGAAUAUGCAGAUUGGAGGAAGAGUGAAUAAUAUGAUGAUGAAUGAGAGGGCUUUCCGUGGCCAGAUGAUGAACGGUCCAUCUCUUGUUCCUCAGUCAAUGAUUCAUGAACAACAGUUCAGCUCAAGACCACUUCACUCUAUGAAUCAUGAACAGUUCAGCUCAAGGCCACUUCGGUCUAUGUAUCAUGAACAGCUCAGCUCAAGGCCACUUCAUGGCUUUUACUACUGA